GCAGGAUUUUAAACGGUGCAGACACACAGACAGGCUGAGCUCAUCUCUGACACACAAUCAAACUCAAUCUAUUAAAGUCGUUAUUUAUUCAGUUAACGGCAGGUGACCAGCACGCGCACACACGCGCGCACAUAAAGACAGUGCACAGAGACAGAGAGGAAAAGUUACAAGAGUUUUAUUUUCUAAUGACACGUGAGACAGACAGACAGAGGGACAGACAGACAGACAGACAGACAGACGACAGACAGACAGAGGGACGGUAUCCUAGCAGAGAGUGUGAGAGUGUGAGCGCAGGGACGAGCAGGAGGGAGGAGGGGUUAUCCAGCCUGAGCCUGAGCAGCCGUCACUGCCCCGCACUCUGUGUUCACCUCCGCUCGGUGCCGGACGGAAAUAACUUUAAAUACUUUUUGUUUUUUGAGGUUCCUCCGAAGGACAGUUCCCCGGGACUCUGUGUCCUCUCUGACCACCACCCCGACUCUUCUCUCGCACUUUGUGCCCGGAGCGCGGACAGAGGAGUUACCAAAGUCCCGGAGCCGCUCCAGAGAUGGUGACUUUACGCACGGGAUCUGAGGCAGUUUGAAGUGACUCCUCUGGUUUGGUCUCUAACUCUUCAUCCUCAUCUUCAUCAUCAACAUCGCCCUCAACACUGUCCAAGUUUGCCUCGGACACGCGGCGGAUGCCGAAGAAGUGAGUCCAGGUGACGUUCAUGAAUUUUAAAAUCAUCCAGAAGUGAGAAGAGGGUGUCGGAGCUGAAGUCUCUUAUUUCUAAUGAUGUCUUCCAUGCGAGCAACGCCUCCCUUCCACCCACCGUCUGAGGAAGAGGAAGCGAUGGGUCAGGACAAUGUGGCCUGGGCCGGUGACGAGCGAGAGGGCCCGAAGGAGACGCCAUCUCCCUCUUCUCAUGAGCGGCCCCACCCUGACGAGCUACAGCCAAUCAGAGAGAAGCUGACGGAGGCUGAGUGGGAGAACACGGCGCCUGCUGCGAUGGACAAUGAGAGCAGUAAAGGCUGCUCCGUCUACUCCUACCAGACUAACUCUACCUCUCCACCCAAGCCAGAGGAGUGUUCCAGGGAUCGCGGGGAGCCCAUGAGCGGCCUCGCCUUCGGGACGCCGGAGCGCCGUAAAGGAAGCCUGGCAGACGUGGUGGACACACUGAAACAGAAGAAACUGGUGGAGCUGACCAAGACAGAACAAGACGAGCCAACCUGCAUGGAGAGGCUCCUCUCCAGGGACUGGAAGGAGCGCGUUGAUCGUCUGAACGCUAAUGAGCUGCUGGGGGAGGUCAAAGGUACGCCGGAGUCGCUGGAGGAGAAGGAGCACCAACUCUCCACUAUGAUCGGUCAGCUGAUCAGUCUUCGGGAGCAGCUCCUCUCUGCCCACGACGAGCAGAAAAAGAUGGCCGCCUCACAGCUGGAGAAGCAGAGACAACAGAUGGAGCUGGCCCGGCAGCAGCAGGAGCAGGUAGGGAUGGUCACAUGGUGUCAUGACGUCAUCGUCACGGUCCAGGGUCACAUGCCUCCGAUGAUGAUCCCAGUGUUUCCUCACGACCAGCGGUCUCUGGCUGCCGCCGCCGCCGCACAGCAGGGCUUCCUCUUCCCACCGGGCAUGUCCUACAAGCCAGGUGAGAAUUACCCCAUGCAGUUCAUUCCAUCCACAAUGGCAGCUGCAGCGGCGUCUGGACUCAGCCCGUUACAACUACAGCAGCUGUACGCCGCCCAGCUGGCAAGCAUGCAGAUCUCACCAGGAGCCAAGAUGGCUUCCCUCCCGCAGGCUCCCAACUCCUCCGGUCCCCUUUCCCCCUCCGCCCUGAAGAGCGAGAAGAGAGCGUCCAGUCCUGUCGCUCACAUUAAGUCCUUUGUUAGGCGGUUGCUUCCUGCGGUGAGCGUGGCACUGCCCAGGCACAUGUUCUGCGCCUGUGUCUUUCUUUUAUUUUUUGUCUCUCAGCUCAACCCAGCAGUUAGUUUUAUUGUCAUGACCAUCACAGUCUUCCCCCGUGACCCAACUGAGAGGUGCCAGGCUCACACACAGGGCUUAGUGCUUAGGGCUUUAGUUUUGGCAGCUGGCGUCACGUUUCUCACAUUCAUUAAAGAACCUUUGAUAUUUCCUGUGUUUCAGGAGCGGCUGCACUACGAGACUCUGAGCCAGCACCUGGGGAAGCUUGGGGACGAUGCUGGGAAGAUGGUCCAUCGAGUUAUCGACCUGACGAGACCAGAAGAUCUGGAUGGAAGUAACAUCACAGAGGCGCGAGUGUUCAGGGAGGCGCGGGGCAGGAACAACGCCGAGCCUCACAUCAAGAGACCCAUGAACGCCUUCAUGGUGUGGGCCAAAGACGAGAGGAGGAAGAUCCUGCAGACCUUCCCCGACAUGCACAACUCCAACAUCAGCAAGAUCCUCGGCUCUCGCUGGAAAUCCAUGACCAACCAGGAGAAGCAGCCGUACUACGAGGAGCAGGCCCGCCUGAGUAAAAUCCAUCUGGAGAAAUAUCCCAACUACAAGUACAAGCCGCGGCCCAAGAGAACCUGCAUCAUCGACGGCAAGAAGCUGCGCAUCGGAGAGUACAAGCAGAUGAUGAGGUCACGGCGUCAGGAGAUGAGGCAGUUCUUUGUCGGGCCUCAGCCACCGAUGCCUCUCGGCAGCAGCCCAGGCGGAGUGGGAGUUUACCCGGGUGCCAUUACCAUGGCAACGACAGCCACACCGUCCCCGCACCUGACCUCAGACUGCUCCAGCAACUCAGCCAGCCCCGAACCCGCCAUCCCGGUCAUUCAGAGCACGUACGGGAUGAAGUCCGAGCCCGGCGGCGGAGGCAGCAAUGGUGGCGGUAUGGGAGCCUUGGAUCUGCCCAGCGACCCCGCCAACGGAGACGACGACAUGGACAUGUACGAGGACUUUGAGGACGAGCCCAAGUCAGACUAUAGCAGCGACCACGAGACACAGGAGGCCGUCAGCGCCAACUGAGCGCGCUCAGGGUGUCGGUUGUAAAAAGAGAAAAAACAAAACUCCUGUUCUACUCAGAGACACUUUUUAAAAUCACAGUUUAUUAUAAAGACCUUCAGGACAUGUGGCAUCACGCACUGAGCAUGCCCAGACAGGAUUCACAUGCUCACUGAGUUCUCGGACAGUUGAUGGACGUCCAUUUGAAGAAGACGGCCGAUGGACAAAAUGUGACCCGAGAAAAACAAGCUGACAGACAUUCAGACAUCCAGCUGACGACAAACUUCAGUUUCCUUCAACUCUGACAAUCUUAACAGGAGCCGAGAAGAGACGGAGACAGAGAGACAGGAUGAGGACAGGAAGAGACAGGAUGAUGACAGGAUGAGACAGGAUGAGACAGGAUGAGACACAUGAGCGACGAACACAUUGUUGUGUGGUUUGUAAAGAGCAUGCAUGGAUUUGAAGCAUCAGGAGUUGGUCUUCAACAGCUAUUUGGUCUUAAAUGUUUAAGGAGUGGUUUCGUUUUUAUCUUCAUGUAUUUACUUUUUUUGUGUUUUCUUUUUGUUCUGUUUUCCUCUGACAGGUCGCUGCCUGUACGAACUCUGGACUGUCGGAACUUGAAAUAUGAAAAGUUUUAAUAUAAAUCCUAGCUAUUGUAAUCUUAUAGUCUUACUUUUGUUUCUUACCAGUACACCGUGCAUCUCCAUCUUGUUUUCUGACAGACUGCUUACAUUACAUUACUGUUAGAGUUUUUUUUAUAUCCCAGCUCAGGUAUGAUGUGCCAGCUUGUGAAUGUGUUUCUUUUUUUGUUUCGUUUUCAUACAGAAAGAGUGGUAGGUCUUUUCAGACUGUCGAUGAAAUAAAGGGAGCAAAAUCCCUUAUAUCACAUUAUUAUUAUUAUUAUUAGUAGUAGUAGUAGUAGUAUUACUAUUAUUACUAUUAUUACUAUUACUGAGUAGGUGUGUAAGGAAGCACGAACCCAGGCAUUGUACAGAUUUACUUCAAAUGUGCCAAACCUACAUUCACAUACACUCGGGAUGUCGUAGUCUUAACUUCCAAUGCUGCAAAAAAGUCUUAUACAAUCAGCUUUUUCUAUCUGAUGAUGAUGAUGAUGGUGAUGAUGAUAAUGAUGAUGAUGGUGGUGAUGAUGAUGAUGAUGAUGAUGAUGCUCCGACUCGGUAACUGCUGGCCCCCCUCCUGACCCGAUCACCGGCAGAGCUCAGUGAGGAUGUGAUGUCACACUUCAAUCUCUGACAGCUCCUCCAUGCUGAGAUCUGCUCCUCAGUUCCACUCACUGCAUUGGUGCUUUUAUGAACCACAUUUCCCACAGUUCCUUGAGGCAAAACACUCGGCACAUUGUGCUGUAGGUUCAGAGAGGCGCAACCAAAUGCCGACCUUCAGUGUUUGAGUUUAUCCCUUCCAAUCUGGCCAAAGGUACAAACAUUUAUUUGGCUUCAUUUCUGCUGAGACACUUUAACACUUAAACGUGUCCAGUCAGCAGCGGGCGGCGGGCAGAGGGGCGGGGUCUAGCAGCGCCACAGUUACCUGCUGUAGGAUGAGAGUUUCUAAUAUUCUGGAUCCCUUGGCUGUAUUUUGAAUUGUGUUUUGAAUCGGUACAAAAUGUUCCUAUUUUUAUUAUUAGCCUGUUCAUAUUUGUAAAUGUCUUCUGAGCAUCACGUGGGACAGAUUCACCAAACAUGUGUUUUAAGAAAGAAUUUAUUGAGCUGCAAAAAGAGGUCUGUUAUUUCAAAGAGGGUACCUUUUCUACAGUGCAUGUAUAUUUUGAAGACAAGUAAAUUAUUAAGAGAAGAAUGGAGGAAAAAAAGCUGCAGAGUUUUUCCACAGUCUGAACUGAGAUGUUCUCCUCUUGUGUCAGCGCGGCCUUGUGCUCAGCGCCGUGCACGCUUUUUGCUCUGUUUUACUCCAAUGUCACUUCUCUGACGACACACAGUAUAUUCUUUGUCUCUUUUCACCACACUCUGCAUUCUGAAUAUUUUCAGCACCUGGGACCUCGGGUGGUUUCUGUUCAGCUGUUUCACACGUCUUCAUAUCUCUGACCAUACCUGGCAGUCUUUACUCAGAAAGCUUCACAAGCUGGGACUGAACUUUGGUUUUUACUCGCAUUGCAGGAAAAGAAAAAAAAAGCCUCAUGCAUAGACAUUUCUGUUGUUGUCAUCCUAAGCACUGGAUAUAAAUUCUAUGUUGUUUUUUUAAGUAUGGACUAAUGUGAAGAUGUUGUUUGAUUUUCAACAUGAUAAAUUAGAACAGUCAAAGUCACAUGUUUGGACUCAAUAGGAUGCCUCAGACAUGCCAGGCACAAGUAAAAUGUCAUUUCUUUAGAAGCAUUUCAUUUACCGAAGCAAGUUUUGUUGCCGCAGCUCUCGUGCCGCCUGAAGGGGUCACGUCACCUCUGAUCUCUUUAGACCUCAUGCUCUUGUCAGUUGUGACCUGCAGAAGUGGGACGUCAGUUUCCUGGUCACAUACAUUUUGUGAUGAGUAUUGUAUUUGAAAUUCAAUUGUGCGUUUUAACAUUUCAUUGUAUUUAUUAGCCAGCUUUGGCUCUAAAAAGUGUCAGUACAACUUGGUGAGAAAGACAAUCAAAAAAAAUAAAGAAAUAAAAAUUAAAAACUUGAGAUUUUCCCUAAAAA